GGCAGGCAGUCAGCGCAGUCUGCUGAAUACUCGAGAGUGAGUGUGUCAGGAAGGAAAGGAGAGCUCAAAUCUCUGCGGUGCAGAGCUGGAAGGCUGCUUCUCCAAGCAAAAAAACCCCAGACUCCAUAGUCUCAUCUACUUCUUCUUUUCCUGGCGAAAACAAGGACUAUACCUUAUAUCUACAACGUUGACGAGGACAGGACAGGAGCCUGCGUCAACGACAACUCGGUAUUAUUUUAUUAUUUUUAUUUAUGUGUUUAUUUUUUAAGUUCAUUUGUUCUGAAAGGACUGACGGUUUACUUUUGCACUGAGACAAAAUUAUUUCUACAUCUACUUCUCGUCUGUUGACCAGAGCCAGCUAGCAGAAAGAAGUAGGCUACAUGACGAAAAUUCCCAUGUCGUUUGCAGUGCACUAGUCUCAAAGUUUGUUCCACUUGUUUUUAGUUUUCUACUUUUUUACCUCUCCGAACGGUGUUACAUGCAACAGUACACGAGUCUGCAGCAUUGGAGCAGUAGGAAAAACUACUGCAUGAGACAAGCGAGUGGAGAAGAGACGCUCAUUAUUAACAAGUCUGUUUUCGCGACGCUGGCAACCACCUUCACCCAUCUGCAUCAGAGUCGCGGCAGCACCAUGAGCGCAGAGCUGAGCAUGGGCCCUGAGCUCCCCAACAGCCCUCUGGCUCUGGAAUACGUCAACGACUUUGACCUAAUGAAGUUCGACGUGAAGAAAGAAGGUCUGGCCGGGCUGGAACGCGCUGGGGUGCGCCAGUGCACUCGGCUCCAGCCCCAGGGCUCUGUGUCCUCCACCCCGAUCAGCACACCAUGUAGCUCGGUGCCCUCCUCGCCCAGCUUCAGCCCCACAGAGCAGAAGAACCAUCUGGAGGAGCUGUACUGGAUGCCCAACGGCGGGUAUCACCAGCAGAUCGAUCCACAGACGCUCAGCCUGACCCCGGAGGACGCAGUGGAGGCCCUGAUCGGAGCCACGGCCCACGGCCACCCCCCACCCCAGCACGUCCAGCAGCAGCUGCAGCAGGGCGCCUUCGAUGGCUACAGAGGGCCUCACCAACACCACAACCAUCAUGGCCAUCCCCAGCAGCACCAUCAUCCCUAUGGGGGAGGCAUCCCACACCACCCUGAUGACCUUUCUGGACACCCGGGGGGGCUCAGCCACCCCCACACCCAGCACCACCACCACCACCACAGCCAGGACCCAGACAGCCCGUCCCCCGUCUCUCCAGACUCCCACCAAGCCCUCCACCACCACCGCCACCAUCACCACCACGGCCACUCGGGCCAGGGGCACCAUGGCUCAGGCAACGUGGAGGACCGCUUCUCUGACGACCAGCUGGUGUCCAUGUCUGUGAGGGAGCUGAACAGACACCUGCGGGGAUUCACCAAGGACGAUGUCAUCCGCCUCAAGCAGAAGAGGCGGACCCUGAAGAACCGGGGCUACGCACAGUCCUGCCGUUACAAGCGGGUGCAGCAGAAGCACGUGCUGGAGAAUGAGAAGACUCAUCUGAUAGACCAGGUGGAGGCGCUCAAGGCGGAGAUCAACCGGCUGGCACGCGAGAGGGACGCCUACAAACUCAAGUGCGAGAAACUGACGGGAACGGGAGCGAAUAACGGGAUCCGCGAGGCUGGGUCUAGGCCUACUAGUGACAACCCGUCAUCCCCAGAGUUUUUCAUGUGAGUUGUUAUUAUAGCUCUAUUGACUCACCCCUACCCCACCACCAACUGAUGCUGAUGAACAAACAAUAAUAAUCAAAUACCCCUUCAUAUUUACUGUACUAAUGACAGUCAACAACUAUAUUCAUAUUAGAAGAAUAAUCCAUAAAAUAAUAUUCUCAUAUCUAACCAUCUCUCUCGAUCCACGUGACAACUGAGAUACAAAGAACAAGGUAGAAUGUUGGGUCAACGCCGCGCAUCUUUGUAGAUUAGUUGCUUGUAGUGAAUCUACUUUUUUUCAUCUUCCUGAGAGAAGAGAGAAGCGGCGGGUGAACUUUCCUCUUUUUAGGCUAUACUGCUUUUACUGUGUCUGAUAGUGGGAUGACCGCCCGACCUGGGCCUACACAACAAACAACGCAGAGAGAAGCGUUUUGAGACUCACAUUCGACACUGGGCCUGAAAAAGGAAAAGAGAGUUGCUAAACAAGACUCCACAUUAUGCAAACUUUACUUCUGUCUACUUACAUGUUAUGCAACAUCUCAUUUGUUUAUUGCCUGCUUGGUUAUAUUCGAAUAUAUAUUGAAACAAAAAUCUGCAUUAAAAUAUUAAUCCUGCAUGCUGGACAUGUACGGUAAUAAUUUCUAUUUUGUACUUUCUUUUUGUUUCUCGUGUAUCUUAAGAGCAUGUCGUUGAUCUGCGCUUCUCCAUAGUGUUGUGGGGUUUAGAGGAAUAGAAUGAGGACAGUAGGCCUUCUGUAGCCUUGUAAAUAUUACGCAACCGCAAAACUGCACACCAAGAUCGAGGAGGCUGGUUUUUAACUUCUUUCUUUCUUUGAGUUGUGUUUUAUUCUUUUUUCUUGUUGUUUGAUUUUCAUUUUGUGGGUAUUGAUUCAGAAAUAUGGGCAUUUUGCAGUUGCAUUUAAAGACAACAAACUUUGUAUAUUAAGUGCACUUUUUGGAUAGCCUAAUGAUUUUUGUUUUACGUUUUCAUUUUGAGUUUUGUACAGACCCCCUUGAAGGAAGACAUACUAUUAUUCUAUAAUAAUAAUAAUAAUAAUAAGACAAGAUAGAUGCAAGCUUAAUAAUAACCUUAUGACACAAUGGGAUAAUAGCGAAGCUGUCAAAACAAACGCAUAGCUAGAAUAUCAGCAGAUGAGUGAUGGUCCUUUGCGCACCACAUUUACGCACCAUGCAUAACUUUGUGUUCUACUCCUAGGAUGCAUAUAGGCUAUAGUAUAUAUAAAAAAACUGUUAUACAUGUUAUUCCAUUUCAUUUCCAUCUGGUGCUGUAGUCAGCAGAGGUUUUCUUAGCCAGAAAUGCCAUUAUGUUAACUAUUGCGUAACCCUAACCCCAUUAUAUAAUGUGAAGAACAGGAUAGUCACAUAAUUUCUCAACUUGAUUAAUGUAUUUUAUUGGGUGCAGCUGCAUCGCAUUAACAGUGAUAUACUAUAUAUUUUGUACUCUUCCUCGGCAAUAUCAAGCAUUUUUUAAAACAUGUUCAACAACAUUAACCAUUUCAGGGGUUUUAUGUACAAUUAACAAGUAUUUAGAUUGCGCAUGCGUUUCAAAAUACGAAGUUUAAAUAUAUUAAUGCUAUAUGUUUUCCUGAUUUUUUUUUUUGCUGCCGGUCAGUAAAAAAAAAGGAUUCAGGUUGUGCAAAAUCUCGAAAUGAAAACUGUUGUGUAUGUUAUGUUAUGUUAUGUUAUAUGAUAUUAUGUUUUCGUCUGUUGUAUUAUUAUUUGGUGAUUCUGGUUCUGCUGGCCAGAUGCAUAUUAACGUUUUUAUUUUAAUGAUUUAAAUUAACAAACUGUCAGAUCAUAUUGAAUAAGCAUGGUGCUUGCAUUUAAAAAACUAUUGUUGAAAAGUCAUGCAUUUAACAAUCUCUUGGUUUGUUACUGAUUCAACUGUGUUGAAAUCAAAUUGAAACUGCAGCAGCGGGUUGUUGUUUUGUUUUUAAUUUCAUGUAUUUUGCGAUGAUGAUGGGGAUCAAUUUUCAAUCCUGUUUAUAUAAAUAAGAUACAAAAAAAUAUCUUAAAUUUGAACUGUUAUAGUUCCAUUCAGGCUGGUUUCUGUUUCGUCUUAUUUUUUGUUGUUGUUGGAAGAAAUGGUUUCCUAUUUUGCUUAUUAAAGUCAUUGAAAUGGCAA